CGGUAGAAUUUCGUUGGAGGUCUGGUUUCUCAGAAAAUUUCGACGAUUGGCUAGAUCUUUUGGCUCUGAAAUUACAACGAUUGGACUGGUUGGCCAGCACUGGUCGGCAAAGAACGGAGUAAGGUGUGGUAGAAGCACGGAAGAGUCGUGUCCGGAAUCCGGAACGUGGAGGAAAGGCUAGAUUGUUUCGAUCGGUAUUAAAGGAAGACGUUAGCUCGCGCAGUCGGCUGAGAGACGGAGUAUCGACGGGGUGACGGGAUCGCGAGGAACACAGGCGUGACUGAGGACGAGUGAGGAAGAGGGGAAUAGAGAAAGAAAAAGAGAGCGAGGAGAGAGAGAGAAAGAGAGAGAGAGAGAGAGAGAGAGAGAGAGAGAGAGAGAGAGAGAGCGGUGGUUCUGGCGGUACAUAGUAGGAAGAACUGGGAUUGGGCAUUCGGUGGCAUUCGGGGAGAGUACGAGUACGGGUACAGUAAGAGUCGAGUACGCUACACGAGCCACAUAGUCAUAGUCUUUUGGUGUUUCGGUUGACAGCGGAAGCCUGAACUAUCGGUGGACGUCCAGAGGAUCGAACGACGGAAAAUGUUUCACGUAAGAAGAUUAACGAGGUCGUCGAUCGCGUUGAAACAAGUACCGACAAACAAUGAUAUUAUUCACAAGACGCUAAUACGCACUAUGCCGGCGUUGCAAGCACGCGGUUACGCCGACCAUCAGAUACCCGAUCGUCUCAAGGAUAUUCCAACGGAUCCUAAUCCAAAGUUCUUCGACAUGGUCGAAUACUUCUUCCACCGUGCCUGUCAGAUCGUCGAGGACAAGCUGGUCGAAGAUAUCGGCAAACGUUCUAGGAUGAGCGUCGAGGAGAGAAAGAAAAAGGUGAAGGGUAUUCUGAUGCUGAUGGAACCAUGUGAUCACAUCCUCGAGACAGUGUUCCCCUUGAGACGCGACUCUGGCGACUAUGAGAUGAUCACCGGUUAUCGUGCUCAGCAUUCGACCCAUAGAACACCUUGCAAAGGAGGUAUCCGUUUCUCGAUGGACGUUUCGAGGGACGAGGUGAAGGCUCUGUCCGCGCUGAUGACGUUCAAAUGCGCCUGCGUGGACGUCCCCUUCGGAGGCGCCAAAGCCGGUAUCAAGAUUAAUCCAAAAUUGUAUUCCGAACACGAGCUCGAGAAGAUCACCAGAAGAUUCACGUUGGAGCUCGCGAAGAAGGGAUUCAUCGGGCCUGGCGUGGACGUACCCGCCCCCGACAUGGGAACCGGCGAACGCGAGAUGUCUUGGAUCGCGGACACAUACGCCAAGACGAUCGGCCACUUGGACAUCAACGCCCACGCCUGCGUCACCGGGAAACCGAUCAACCAGGGCGGAAUUCACGGACGAAUAUCGGCGACAGGUCGCGGGGUCUUCCACGGGCUGGAGAACUUCAUCAACGAGGCGAAUUACAUGAGCAUGAUCGGCACCACACCGGGCUGGGGAGGCAAAACGUUCAUCGUGCAAGGUUUCGGUAACGUCGGUCUGCACUCGAUGCGUUACCUGCACCGAGCCGGAGCCACCUGCAUAGGCGUGAUCGAGCAUGACGGUGCAAUCUGCAAUCCGGAAGGCAUCGACCCCAAGCAACUGGAAGACUAUCGCAUAGAAAAUGGCACUAUCGUUGGCUUCCCUGGUGCCAAGCCGUACGAAGGUGAAAAUCUCAUGUACGAGCCCUGCGACAUAUUUAUACCGGCCGCGAUCGAGAAAGUUAUUACCAAAGACAACGCUUCGCUGAUACAGGCUAAGAUCGUAGCCGAAGCUGCCAACGGACCAACCACCCCUGCCGCCGAUAAAAUCUUGAUCGACAGAAAUAUUCUCGUGAUACCGGACUUGUACAUCAACGCCGGUGGUGUUACCGUGUCCUUCUUCGAGUGGCUCAAGAACCUGAACCACGUGUCGUACGGUCGUCUCACGUUCAAAUACGAGAGAGAAUCGAACUAUCAUUUGUUGGAAUCCGUGCAAGAGUCGUUGGAACGUAGGUUCGGCCGCGUGGGUGGUCGAAUACCCGUAACACCCUCCGAGGCGUUCCAGAAACGCAUUUCCGGUGCUUCCGAGAAGGACAUCGUUCAUUCUGGUUUGGACUACACGAUGGAACGAUCGGCAAGGGCCAUCAUGAAAACUUCGAUGAAGUUCAAUCUCGGCUUGGAUCUGAGGACAGCGGCUUACGUCAACUCGAUCGAGAAGAUCUUCACCACGUACUCCGAAGCAGGACUCGCAUUUUAAGUAGCCGGGCGAUAGCCGAACACCGCCGUAUCGAUCGAGAUCGGUGACGAGACGAGUGUAUAUGGAAAUUAUGAGCCAGUAUUUGAAAAGAAUAUCCACGACAUCGCCCCAGCUGGUGCUGUCCAGUCGCAGUGACAAGAGACCAAAACUAGCGUCCGGAACGUGUCGUGUUUAUAUCGCGUCGUACGAUAGAUCUAUCGAUGCGCGCGUCGCAAUUAUAAUAUAAUAAUAAUAAUAAUAAUAAUGAUAAUGAUAAUGAUAAUGAUAGUAAUAGUAAUAACGAUAACGAUAACGAUAAUUUGCCUAAAAAAUACUUUCGCGCGCUCGCGUUCAUCGUCGGUGGAACGCAUACGGCGGUGACAUUGUCGGGUGUUUUCCCGAAAAGGGUGAAACCCUUCGGUCCGCAAGAUUCUGUUCGCGAUCCCGACGAUCUUGAUAAGAAAAAGUCGAACGAGGACAGCUCGAUGCGUUUCAUCAACGAAGCAUUAUUGAAGGCGUAGACGCGUGCACCGCAGAGCAAACGGAAGAAACAGUGUGAUCCAAUAACGAAUACUGCCGCGUCGUUCAGAAUCAAGUGUAUUCGUCACCCUCGCUCCGCGAAUCGAGCACGAGAUCGACCGAUACAACGUUAGUGCAUUUUUAUAUAUAUAUAUACAUACAUAUAUAAUUAUCUCUCUCUCUUGUUACACAGUGUAUCCUGAAGAAGAAUUCGUGCGUGAAUCGUCGUCGAGCAGAACGACGUCGUCUGGAUGUCAUUUACAAUUAAGACUCAUUUCUACCGCAUCGGGGUGCGCGAUUUAUCACAUAGUAAUCUUGUUACGAACAUGGAGAGUAUGUUAAUAAACAUGUGCUCCGAAUCGA